AUGUUUUCCAUAAGCUCAACCUCAAGCUCAAAUUCUUCUGAUUCAGAUCAAUAUGCGGAAUUUGAUAAUCUAGUUAACAAAUUUGUCACAAAUCACUUACCUAACAUAAUGCUUCCUCAACCACCUCCAUCCGAGAUCGAAAUUGUAAAUGAAGAUGAAACUGUCCCGCAGCGUAGGGGAGAUAGAGAAAGGGAGAAAGGGCAUUUGCAAUUGUACAAUGAUUACUUCGCAAUAAAUUCUGUGUAUUCCGAAAAUCAGUUCCGUCGUCGAUUUCGAAUGCACAAACCUUUAUUCUGUCGGAUUAUGAAUAAAGUGGUUGAGGGUGAUCCAUUCUUCCAGCAGCGUAGGAAUGCAGCUGGUAGGCUUGUCUUAUCACCUCUGCAGAAAUGCACCGCUGCAAUAAGAAUGUUAGCGUACGGUGUUGCUCCGGAUGCCGUAGAUGAAUACAUACGCAUAGGUCAAACAACAUCUAGAAAAUCAAUGCAACAUUUUACUCAAGGGGUGAUCAAGCAUUUUGAGGUCGAGUACUUAAGAAGUCCAACAAAUGAAGAUUUAAGGAGAAUCCUUCACCAAAAUGAAAUGCGUGGAUUCCCGGGCAUGAUCGGUAGCAUCGACUGCAUGCACUGGGAGUGGAAGAACUAUCCUAUGGCUUGGAAAGCACAAUACGCAGGUCGUAGCAAGAACGCAACCCUUAUCCUGGAAGCUGUUGCGGAUCAAGACUUAUGGAUUUGGCAUGCAUUUUUUGGAAUACCCGGCUCUUGUAAUGAUCUUAACGUCCUAUACCGCUCUCCGGUGUUUGACGAUGUUUUGAAAGGUCGGGCACCACCAAUUAGUUUUAUGGUAAACGACCAUGAGUACAACAUGGGAUACUACUUAACAGAUGGUAUAUAUCCGAACUGGGCAACAUUUAUCCAAGGUAUCACAUAUCCUCAACUCCAGAAGGACAAGUUAUUUGCAGAUAAACAAGCUGCAGCUCGGAAAGACGUUGAACGUGCGUUUGGAGUUCUACAGGCUAGGUUUGCCAUAUUACGACAACCCUCACUUGUUUUCGACGAAGACAUUUUGAGCGACAUAAUGAAAGCUUGUAUCAUUAUGCACAACAUGAUUUUCGAGGAUGAACGACACAAUUACACUCGUGCCGAAGUUUUGAGAAGGUAUUAUGAAGAAGAUCGCCCUCAGCUUCAUAGAGCAAGGUCCGGACCGAGUACAAGUGCCACAGUGAAUAACAACGAGCCUUUCGAAUUUGACGUUGGCCGACCACCAAACGUUGAUUUGGACGCGAAUAUUCAAAGAAGAAUUACCCUGCGUGAUAGCCAAACCCAUUUUUCUUUGAAAGAUGAUUUAGUUGAGCAUAUUUGGCAAAAAUAUGGUCGUACAAAUGAAUAA